AUGGGUAUCUCACGAGACAGCCGCCACAAGCGGUCCGCAACCGGUGCAAAGCGCGCAUACUACCGAAAGAAGAGAGCUUUUGAAAAAGGCCGUCAACCAGCCAACACUCGUAUCGGCAACAAGAGAAUCCAUCUUGUACGCACCCGAGGUGGAAACACCAAGUACCGAGCCUUGAGAAUCGAGAGCGGUAACUUCUCCUGGGGAUCUGAGGGCAUCGCCCGCAAGGUCCGCGUGAUUGUCGUCGCCUUCCACCCCUCCAACAACGAACUCGUCCGCACAAACACCCUCACCCGCUCCGCCGUUGUCCAGGUCGACGCUGCACCUUUCCGUACCUGGUACGAGGCUCACUACGGCAUCACCAUUGGCCGAAAGCGACAAGGUCAGAAGGGCGAGGCCGUAGAGGACAAGAAAGUCAGCAAGUCCGUCACAGCCAAGCGUGAAGAGCGAUUGAAGAAGAGUGGAAAGAUCGAGCCCGCUUUGGAGAGACAGUUCGAGGCCGGUAGACUGUUUGCCGUUAUCAGCUCGAGACCGGGCCAGAGUGGACGAGUUGACGGGUACAUCCUCGAGGGUGAUGAGUUGGCCUUCUACCAGAGAGCCAUUAGGAAGUAA